AUGGCUUCCUCAAACGACAAGAAACCCCCAGCAACACCAACUCCAACCUCCAUCGUCCCCGACGCCAACAUGUUCGAUCCCGGCCUUCCCGCCUCGAAAACCACGAACAGCGCGGACGACAACGACACCCAACCCAACUGUCCCUUCUGCCACAUCUCCUCCACCUUCCCCCCUUACUCGCCCGUCUCCCCACCGACCCCCUUUCCCCCAUCCACAUCCACCUCCCCGCAUCCACAAACCUUCCUCCUCCUCUCCACCCCUUUGCUGGUUGCCUUUCUGGACAUCAUGCCCCUCUCCCCAGGCCACUUGCUGCUCUGCCCGCGCCGGCACGCCGCCAAACUAACCGACGUUUUCUCCGACGAAGCCGCCGAGCUGGGUAGAUACCUACGGAUCCUGUCAGAGGCGGUGACGCGGGCGACGGGCAUCAAGGACUGGAACGUGGUGCAAAAUAACGGGGCGGCGGCGGCGCAGGUCGUGGAGCAUAUGCAUUUCCAUGUGAUUCCCAGGCCGGGGCUGAGGGAGGCGGAACGGUUCACGAGUACCAUGUUUGGGAGGGGCAAGAGGGAGGAUUUGGAUGAGGAGGAGGGGGGGGAGUUGGCGAGGAGGAUCAGGGAACAAGUGAAGGAGGUGGUGAGGGAGGAGGAGGAGAGGGAAAGGGAAAGGGAAAGGGGGCGGAAGGCCAAGCUCUAG